AUGUACAACCACCAACGACCACCAGACCCCGACAUUCCACAGCUCGAGCACAACGCGUUGGCGCAGCAGCAUACAUACCACGCAUCCGAGGAAUCCAACUACCGUGACGACGGCCAAACAGCGCGAUAUCGAACAGAAUCACCCAAUCGCAAAAAGACCACUUGGGCAGAAGGAAAACCUACCAAGAAAGAAGGACACCAAAGACAAGAAAAGAAGAUGGCCCUCGUCCGCGACCCCAUGUUCUGGCGGCGCUUCUCGCGCGCGAUCCACCUCGACGAAGAAGCCAAAGGGCUCUCCCCUCCAAACGAACCCAAACCCGUCGCCGGAUCAGGCGAAACCACCUCUUCCAUAACGUCGUCGUCAGCCGAAAUCGCAACCCAUGAGAAGCUUCCUUCUAUGAAGAAGUCUGCUAUGUGUUCAGAUGAAUGGCUACAGAACCAGCGCCGCAAGCGAAAUAAAAGUAUCAUUCGUGGAAUGAUUGGAAUUGGUGUCUUUGCGGCUGUUAUUAUUGUCGUGGUGGUUGUUCUGUGGUGGUUGUCGAGGCAUAACUGGAUGAGGGGAUGA